CGGGCGAGGAGUACUCUUCAUUUUUGGGUCGCGCACAUUUUCGACCGGAUGCCCAUAUGCUCUUGAAUUGACUUGGCAGAAAUUAUGAGUCCACCGGCAAACGAUCACGCCGAAAGAUUGCGUCUCCUGAGCUGCAGGAGAUCUGAUGUCUCGCUAGCGCUGCCGAGGCGAGCCUAAGCGCACUGUUGGUUGGAACAGGCAGGGUAUCGUACCUGUCGCCACACGCCUUUCGAAUCACAACACCGACUUUCACACUCGGCCAGACCAGUCUCGCUGACAAAUCGCCUAGUGACGGUCCCUGAAUGCGCUGAUACUCACUCACCAUGGACGAGCUAUCCGUCGAUGCGAACUUCUCGUCCCAUGAGCUCAUGACAACAGACCAUACCACACGAGACAAGGGCAAACGCAGAGCUGUCCAGCCUGACAUCGAUCUCACCGACGACAGUCAUUCACAGUCGUCCGAUGAGCCUUCUGUGAAGCGACCGCAUCAUUCAGACUCGGCUGCCAUGCCUUCAGGAUCUCGCAAUGGCUCUGCCCCGAUGGAUCUCGACGUCACACCAGAGUUCAGCCAAGAUCUCGACACCAGCGUUUCAGACAGCUCGUUCGUCACCGCCGCGGCGGACACGGCGCAGUCUGCCACCGAUCAGGGGGAAGAACCUUCUGCAGAGCAACGCCGCAAGGCCAAGGGCAAGGAAAGGGCUUCAAUCCCCUUUGACGUAGACUCGAGCAGUCCGCUUCCUGUCGCGUCUACAUCAGCCGCGCAACCUAUGACCAGCACCUCGCUCCCACCUCCUACUCGUCCUAAUCGUGUUAUCGAUCUCACCGAUGCUGCGUCUCCAGAACGCAUCGAUCUGGAUUUGUUGGCCAAUGUCACCCCAGGUCGCCUGCCAACGGGUAAUCAUCGUCGCCGUCGUAGCUCAUCGGUCAUCGUCGUGCGCGAAGUACCUGCACCCAUAAUCGUCGACGAGAUCGAGGACCCGCCUCGUCUACGACCAACACCGGCCGUGCAGGCCAUCCCUCGAGAUGACGAUGUCGUUUUCACCCGUGCAGUUCCUGGCGCUACUCAUAUGCCGCCCGCGCCUCGUCAAGAUCACUUCAGAGGCACUCUGCCGGAACCAAUACGAGAAGGGAUCGUACAAGGUAGAGACUAUGGAGAGGCAGAACCUCGCCCUCGUCAACGCAUACUCGUCCAGGUCCCGGAAGGCAACGAGAAUCAUCGCUAUCCCUUUCGCACGAUGCAGCAAGCUCACGCGCGCUUGCAACGAUUGCUCGGCGCGGGCGGCCUCCGCGAUCUGAUUGGCCUCGGUCCUGCUGAUUUCGAGAUCGACGAGCGGCCGCCGCUUGCUGCUGCACAUCGCGAACCGGCUUUCAACGUUGCAGGAAACCGUGGGCAACAUUUUGAGGCAUUAGGCCGACCUGAUCCGGUCCAACGCGGCCUCGAGGUGCUCGGAGCUGGUCUUGGAAAUCGUCAGGCUGCUUAUGCACCUCAUCACCACUUGGCCCAUGCUGGACGCGACGGCAUGCACUUUCGUCUCAUCGCUCCUGGCAUGAUCCAUGAGCAUGUACAUGGCCGUCAUCCCCCGCCUUCCUUCACGAUGGACAAAAGUCAUCCGAAGGGGAUCUCGGGCGCCAAGGGCUUCUCGAAAGAUGUCAUCGCAUCCCCAGAAAUCGGUAUCGCCAGCACGAGCAAGAAAGGUGGCAUCCUGAGGAGUCAUGUGCCCGUUUGCGCAAGCUGUCUGACCCCUCUGAUGCUUGAUCAGCCUGGUUCGGCUGGUAUCUCAAGCCUACCGCGACCGGCAAUGCGCAAGGUAGAACGCGGAAAAGGUGCAGGUCGACCUUGGGUCUUGCGAUGCACUCAUACCGUCUGUUCGGCCUGCCUCGAGGCGGCUCGCGCUCGCGCUCUCAUCGAUCCUGCCGCUGCUAUCACGGACAACCUCAGCUGGCAGAGUCCGAUCGCAGAAGAGGAUAAGGCAAAGUUCAAUCCCAGAGCACUUGCCCGUCAACGCAAAGCCGAUGUGGAGGCUUGUGAUGGCGUCUGGGACUAUUGGACACGCUGCCCAGUCCGCUCCUGCACGGCUCAAGGCGGUCGAAUCCUGGAGCAAGGCACAGCAGAUGCGCCUUGGGAGCUCUUUGUAUGAUCAUUCGCAUUCAGCAGUGCGAGUCCAUGGUGGGCGCGCAUGAGCAGCAAAUUACAAUGUUGAUUGCAAUACCCUUGUUCACC